GGGAAACACCCCCUUGCUGCUGCAGGCGGGGCAUAGUGUGAACUGAGGAAAUUGAAACUUACCCUGUUACACUGCCCAGAGGGAGCCAUGGCUGCAGAGAACCCUGUGCAAAGUCUCCAGAAGGAAGCAACAUGUCCCAUCUGUCAGGAGUAUUUCACAGAACCUGUCACUCUGGAGUGUGGGCACAAUUUCUGCCGAGCCUGCAUCAGCCAGUGCUGGGAGGGAUCCGAUACAGACAUCUCCUGCCCUCAGUGCAGAGAAACUGUGCAACGGAGAAACCUCAGACCCAACAGGCAGCUGGCAAACAUGGUAGAAAUCGCCAAGCUACUGAGUUUACAGGCAGCAAAGGGAGCAGGAGAGGACGGGUUGUGUGGAGAACACCUGGAGACUCUGAAACUGUUCUGUGAAGAGGAUCAAACCCCCAUCUGUAUUGUGUGUGAAAGAUCCCGGGCUCACCAUGCUCACACAUUGGUUUCCAUCCAGGAAGCCGCCCAGGAGUACAAGGAAAGAAUCCAGGCCCAAUUGAAGACUCUGAGGGAUGAGAGAGAAAAGCUGCUGAGAUUGAAAGUGACUGGAGAGGGGAAAAGCCAGGAGUAUCUGAAACAAACACAAACCGAGAGGCAGAAGAUUGUGUCUGAAUUUCAGCAACUGCGGAAGUUCCUGAAGGAACAAAAGCGACUCCUGCUGGCCCAGCUGGAGAAGCUGGAUGAGGAGAUUGUGAGGAUCCAGAAUGAAAAUGUCAGUAAACUCUCCAAGCAGAUUUCCCAUCUCAGUAAGCUGAUCAGUGAGCUGGAGGGGAAGUGUCAGAAGCCAGCAAGUGAAUUCCUGCAGGAUGUCAGAAGCACCUUGAGGAGGUGUAAGAAGAGGAAGUUGCAGCAGCCAGAGGAGAUUUCUCCUGAACUGGAAGAGCGAGUCAGUGGUUUCUCCCAUAAAACUAUUGCAUUACUGGAGGCUCUCAGGAAGUUCAAAGACACUCUGCCAUCUGCACUGGAGAGAAAAAGAGGGGAACCACUCGGAGCAAACAGACAGGUGAUUGUGACUCUGGAUCCAGACACGGCUCAUCCCCAACUCAUCCUGUCUGAGGAUCAGAAAAGUGUGAGACUGGGAGACACGCGGCAGCGACUGCCCAACAACCCUGAGAGAUUUGACACUGAGCCCUGGGUGCUGGGCUCUGAGGGAUUCACCUCAGGGAGACAUUGCUGGGAGGUGGAGGUGGGGGAUGGGGGAUUCUGGGCUGUGGGGGUGGCCAGAGAGUCUGUGGGGAGGAAGGGAGAGAUCAGCCGUAGCCCUGAGGGGGGGAUCUGGGCUGUGCAGCGGUGGGGGAGUCAGUUCCGGGCUCUCACCUCCCCUGCGACCCCCCUGCCCCUGAGCUGGGCCCCCAGCAGGAUCCGGGUUUGUCUGGACUGUGACCGGGGGCAGGUGACAUUUAUCGAUGCUGGUGACAAGGUCCCGAUCUUCACUUUCCCGCCGGGCUCCGUCCCUGGGAGGAGAAUCCGACCCUGGCUCUGGGUGGGGGGAUCCCAGCUCAGCCUGUGUCCCUGAGACACACAGGGGAGGGGCGAGGGAAUAGCUCCCUGGGAACCCUGAGAUCAUUUUCUCUAGCCUCACACACCCAAAUUCUGUGACCUCUCCCUUUCAGUCAUCCCGUCUCUGUGACCCUGGAGGCUGCUGUGUGGUAGAGAAGCCAAUAGCGUCACUGCCCCAGGGACUGUGCAGCCUCUUUGCCACUGUCCUCUAUGAGCCAGGAGGACUCUGGGGAUCCUGGGUCAGACAAUGUCACUGAGACAUGGGGGGAACAGCCCACUGGGAAUGGAAAAAUGGGUUUCUCUAGCCAAGUAAUCCCAGCCCCUAUGGCCUGGAGGACUCCUGUCUACCCAACCUCUGCCCUCUUAGCUCUAUGACCCCUGGAAACUCCUGCUCACUCCCUCCCUGCAGCAUCAGGGAUGGGAGGAGAAAAGGGGCCAUGAGGGCAAAUGUGGGGACUGUGGGGUCACAACUGGUGGAGGGGCUGGGGGCAGAAUUGAUUUGAGGUUGUGGGGCAGUAUUAAUGUGGAGCUUGAGACAGGCAUAUGUGGGGUGGCAGGGACACAGAAUUUGUUAAUUGGAAUUUGGCAUUUUGGGAAGAAACUGGAAGCUCUGCACCAGCCCGGAGCCUGGGAGAAGGAGAUCCAGGGACUGGGGAGUGUGCAUUCAUCUCAAUAUACAGUAGGAAUGACUGACUAGCAUAGACACUUCCUACAUCGAUAAAAGAGGUUUUACCAUCAAUGCAGUAAAUCCACCUCCAGGAGAGGCAGUAGUUAGAGCAAGAAAGAAUUUUUCCCUUGACCUGUCUGUGUCCACAUCUGGGGUUAGAUGGACCUAACUACAUCAUACAGAUUGUGAAUGUUUUCAGUGCUCUAAGCAAUGUAGCUAGGCUAACCUAAGUUUUAGGUGUAGACCAGGUCUCAGGAAAAUACUCAGGAAGAAUACUGCUAUUACAGCAGAGCUACAGCUGUGUCGCUGAAGUGCCAUAGUGUAGAUGCAUCUGGAAGUGUUUUUUCCAUUGCUCUAGUUUAUCCCCCUCUCUGAGAGACUGUAGCAAGGUCACCGGCAGAAUUCCAUUGUCUGGACCAGGGGUUAGGUCGAACUAGCUGUGGCACUCAAGAGUACACAAUAUUUCCUACCCUGAAUAAUGUCACCAGGUUGAUCAAAUGUUAAGUGUAGAGCAGGCCUAAGCUCCCUGGAGCUGGCUGAAAACGCAGGGGCUGAGGGAUUGCCUGGCAGCUUGGUGUGCGUGAGGCAGAAAGCCAAGAGAACCAGUCCUGAGUGUGAUCCCAGCAGGAAACUGAGUGACAGAGCUUGCUUCAGGCCCAAGGUUCUCUGGAAAGGCAGACGUGCAGUUGUGAGUAAGGAAACUGUCAGCUGCUGUUUGUUUGUACCGUGUUCAGGGCACAGAAAUGUGUGGAUAUUGUUUGUAACUACUAAAGAUUGCACCAAAGAAAUACCUGACUCCUAUAAUCAAUUUCUCCUGCCAACGGAAGAACCUAGCAAGGCCCCAAACACUGGCUAACGGCUCAGGUCAAAGAAGCAAUGGGACAACCACAGUCAAAAUCUAGAACUGUGGAGGCAAAUGCGUUGGUGGGAAACAUUUGCGGGGAGCUCCAGCAGCAAAGAGCCUGCGCAGAGGAGCAGUUGCUGCUAACUGUGGACUUGAGCACGUCCAGCUUUGUGUGCUGAGCAGUCCCCAUUGUCCCUUCUCUGCAGCCUGACAUUCCUCUGCCCAGAGUCAGACAAAACCAAAACAUGGAUCCCUGGCUUGUAUUUCCCCCCAGCAGACCCAGUCAACUCAAUGAUAAUGAACUCGGUAUUGGCCCAAGGAGACAAAAUGAGAGGAAGAGACUGGGGCAGCUGGAACAGGGUGGAGGAUUGGGGUGGGGAAUGGGUUGGAUUGUUACUUUUCCUUUUGUGUUCGGAGUUUUAUAAAAUUAAAACCUAAAAUCUUCUUUCUAGCUCUUAGCUCGUGUUUUGAAUGAGCUCGGCUGUGACCUUUAGAUUGCGAUGACAUAAAUCUUAGAAGAUUUACCAUAAAAUAACCCUUCAGCUCAAGGUUUGCUCCACAUUAAUGAGUUGUUGCCAUUUUCAUGCGUUGU